AUCACUCCAAGCUUCUUUACCAUCAUCAUCACGAACUGCUACAAGUACGAUCAGUCAGAAAGCUGAGAUGGAACAAUUUUUAGAACGAUAUACAAAGGAAAGGGCACGUCAGGAUUACCGUUUUUGGGUUAUGGCGAAAAAUGAUGCAACCACUGAUGGAGACAUUAAUCGAAAGACUUAGUCAACUACCGUCGGAUAGAGCCUUAGCUGAAACGAGUAACUGGUUGCAGGCGAAUUUCCAACUGUCCACUGUGAGAACGAAUGCUUCAUCGAUGUUAAUAUAUUUGGCAACACAUGCCGGUAUGUUGAACGAUCCGAAUGCACUGCAAGAAUACAUUCAAAAGGAAUUGUCGCAAUAAUAAAUGUAACAGACUAUGUCAUCUGAUUGACAUUAUCAUAGAUCGAAUUUCUAACCAUUGUUAAAUGAUGCAGUAAUAGGUCAUCCAAAUUUGGUAGGCAG